CUAUGAGCCAGAAUUAUUCCCUGGGUUAAUUUAUCGUAUGACUAAACCAAAGAUAGUCCUACUAGUCUUUGUUUCUGGGAAGAUUGUUCUAACAGGAGCAAAGGUUCGUGAAGAAAUUUAUGAAGCUUUUAAUAACAUCUAUCCAAUUUUGAAAAAUUUUAAAAAAUCUGAUAAAGAUCCUAGAGCCCUCACAUCGUCAUCAAAUUAUAUGCAUCCAUUAACUUGAACUAAAUAUAAAUAACCAAUUGUUUUUUUCUCCACGUUAUUUUUUACUGCUUUUCUUACUAAGGAUUAAAACAAACCGACAUUAUAAGAUACUUUUUCUCAGUUUUUACCAAUUGAAUUAGUCAUGCUAACAGCAUUAAAAACUAUGUAAAUCUCUAUGAAACAACAAGCUGUAUAUUCCUCGAAAUCCAUGAAUUAUUUGAACACUCUCUACACAUGAAGAUUUUCUGCUCGUCCCUCACUAUUUUUCCAAGUGUAUCUUUAUUAUAUGUUGACAUUUAAUUUUUGACGUCAAUGGCUUUUAGGAAUUGUAUUUGCUGUCGUUGUGUAUAUUAUAAAACUAGUUGUUUUAUUUAUUUAUUUUAACAUGCGCCAUUUGUUUCCUCAGGAGACGGCAGUCCAUAUGCACCAUUGUUUUGCAAUCAGGGUUUUCCAACUUCCCUAGGUGGACUCCCUAUGUCCACCAACCCGGUUAAAGCG